AUGAGGGCUCGCCUCAAGACUUCCUCUCCUCCUGUCGGUUCGUUCUUUCUUGGGCUCCUUGUUUGUGAUACGGAAUAGGGAUCCAGAAUCUUUUGAGUUGGAAAAAAACAGCAAGAAAGGUCAUUUCAAUUUAAAAGAGGAUUUGACCGAAAAGGCCAGAAAAAUGUGAUAUACCCAGUGAAGUUCCGGAAAAUCUCAACUUGCCAAACCUCAGUUUUUGAAACAAAAAGUUUCGACUGGCUUCCCCCUGGGUUAUUUCAAUUUCUCGAGGAUUUUCAAUCGAAAAGCCUGAUGAUCAAUUAAGUUGAGAUCUUCAGUAUCUUCAUGCCCAGCCAAAAAGGAAUAUAAAAAAGUCGUUUUGAAUGACUAAAAAAAAAAAAUCUGUCCGGGGGCUUCUUUCCGCUGCAUAUUCCAGAAUGUAGAGACAUUAUCUUUUAUCACUAAAUUUAAGAUUAGUAAGGAAUAUGAAAAAGUAGGCAAACUUAUUAAUUAUGAAAGGAUUGAUAAUUUUUGGUGUCCUAAUGAAGGAGGGAUUUGAUCAAAGUAUUGGAUGUUUAGAAGCCUGCUUAGUAAGCUAGAUAAGAAAUUCUAAAAGCAUAGCAAUUUUCAAAUAAAAAGGCGGCUCAAGUCGUUGAACUGAUGAAAUGUUGUAGUUUUGAAUAAGGUCCCAUCAAAAAUCGUUACAACUUUUUUCUUACCUAUUUUCAUGACCGAAGCUGUUUCAGUGAAGACUAUCUUUCUACUUCUCGGAAUUCUCCUGACCAACCUUACUCCAACAACCGCUCAAACAUGUUUGUUUUUUCCUUAUUUUGCGUCUCACGUUUUUUUUCCUUUUCAGCGUGUUGCGAUAUGCCAAUAUUCGGAACUGGUAAUAAUAGUUGUGUAGAUGGUAGCUGCCUCGCAUGCACCAGAAGCGAGUUUGUAGUCAAAAAACAGGGUGACGUUUCGGGCAAUGCUCUGGGAGCAACAGCAUAUUUGGCAUCUGCUUCUCGUAUCGUUUUGGAAAACAAUCCGGGAAUUGCGAAUUUCAUAGCACUGCGGUCAUUGGUUCUCGAUGCAAGCGACUCCCUUUCCUUUCCAGGUGCUCUCUCAAGAUGAAAGAUUCGAAAUAACACUCGAAUACCAUCAAGAUUUGGUGGUAGAGCUAAAAAAAUUUCGAAAAAGCUCAAUUAAAGUAGUUUCCAAACCAAAAAUGUAUGAUAUGACCUUUUUGGGUAUAUAAUAUAAUCAGGAACUUUAGAAUGAAAUAGCUACUUUUCUAAUCUUAUAUUCAGAGCCAUUGAUUCGCGUCCGAAAUGCAGAAGUUUCUGAAGAAUCAUUCAGUAACCUGAAAACCAUCACCAUCACUCCGAUAGAUCCUUAUUGUACAAAGAAAACAAUUCUUGACAUCGACAAUAUGAAAAAGAAGCCUUGGGAUCGGUUGAGAAAAUUGGAAAAGGUUACACUUUCAAAUUAAAAGCUUGAAGAUUAAUAAAGUUAAACUUUAGUUCUGAAACAACCUUUUUUCAGGAUUUAUUGGCAUCGUGCCCGAAACCAACCACGCAGGCCCCACCUCCGGCAACAGCUCCAAAUUUGCCACCAAAUUCGGCACCAAGUUCGCCUCAAAACUCCGGACCACUUCCUAAGCCGAUUUCGGCGCAAAGUUCGUCUUGCCCACCGGUGCCUGAGUGUCCAUCGAUUCCAUCGGCCGAAAAAGCUACUGGUAAGUCGAAGGAAAAUCGAAAGAUACUGAUAAAAAGAACUCAGAAUAUUUCUACGAUUUCACAUGAACCUGAAAUCUUUCUCAGAAAUUCCGAAACAAAUGAAAACGUUCCAUUUUCCUGAUGAAUGCGUCAUAAGAAUUUACAUGCGUAACUGAAAAAUGAGGACACUUGAAUGUUUAAAACUAUUAAAAAUUACAAUUCCUUCAAAUUCAUCUUCAUCUAGCUCAUAGUUUCGUUUGAGACUUAUCGAAAAUUCGAAAAUGGGAGGGUUUCGAUAGUUAUGACCCACUGACGUUUUACUUAUAGAGCGGCAAAAGGAAAUACAUAAUUUUGAAUACUUCUUAACUUACGUGUAAGAAGCUACUUCUUUGAAAUAGUUAUCUUUAGAAGACGUGUUCUUGUGUACCGACCGAUGUAUAGUUCGCUUUUCUUUUUUGAACCAAAAAAUCAAUUAGAGAGUCUAAAUUUGGUUUUAAUUGGCAACUAAACGACUGAAGUUCUUUUUUUGAAUGUUUACUGGAGACGCUUAAUUUAGAAUCAGUGUUUGGAACUGUUCAAAUACUUUCCUGGAGGCGAAAAGACCUAUGGGGACUGAGAUCUCCAAAUUUUUGACAACUAUGCUUUCAAGGCAGGCAGAGAGACGGAGUUGUGCCUCACUACAUUUAUCCCAAUAGUCUGUAGGUACCUAUGUGACUUUCAAUACCGUUAUACAGAAGUUGAAAAUAAUAAUGAUUUUUUUUGUUCAUAAGUUUUUAAAAAAGUCGUUUUCGACCUGAAAGGGUUUUAUAACCUUCUAUAGCUUUGCUUAAAUACACUUUCAUGGACCGGGUAUCCAUCCUACUUACUAGGGAACGAUUUUAAACCCCCGGUUGAGCUUUUGAUGAAACUUUGGUUAAGGUUGCUUUAGGACCUCCUGAUUGCAAAACAAGAAAAAACCUCACACUUUUACGCACUUCUGAUCGGUCUAAUUAAGAAGGAAUGCCGAUCAUGACAAUCGCCAUCACUUCACUGUGUUGGAUAGUGAUAUUUGGUCUCGUACUGGCUCUGACGUUCUUGUUCCUGAAAAGAAAGGCGCCGCCCUCGACGGGUUUUGAGAAGGAGUUUGAAGAAUACGCCCAAUGCGGUCAGUUUGAGCUGAUUUAUUUUCACUUUUGAAUUCUCACUUGAAGUCAGUCUGAUGGCUUCGUACGUUCACAAUGCCUACUACAGCAUGCUGAGUGACCAUGUAAACUUCGGUAUGAAAACGAGUAUCGAAUUUUUUUGUAUUCUUGAUCGAUUAAGUGAAAGAUACUAUCGACUGUUUGACGGCAUAUGAGCAACAGACGGGCUUCUGCCUCGAAAAAGAAGGACGAAUGGGGUCAAAGCGUCAGUUUCUUAUUAUUAUUUUUGGUUUCUUUUUUUUCAAUCUUUUAUUAACAAGUCAAUUUUCAUUCAGCCCAGCCUUAGUAUUCUCAUUAAAUGUUCAGUACAUUGCGUUCUUGCUGAAAAUUGGUUGGCGAAGUUCUCUUGAAACUACAAAAUGUUAGACCUUGAGAGAAUUUCUACACGCAAAAAAAAACAUUUUUUUCUCAUUUGAACGGAAAAAAUAAAUAAUCCGAAUUUUUUUAUUCAGCUGUUUCAUUGUUAGUUAAAAUUAUUUUAGUCUGAGAGAUUAAAAUAGAGCGAUAAAAAAAAUUGCAGUCGACAAGAUGGAAGGCAUCUUUGAUGAAGUUGAAAGGAGGCGACAUAUUUUGGACCAAGGAGGAACGCUCGAAAAGACAAAACUUAUGGAAAAUGUAGCCUACAAGAGAGCAAAUAUUGAUAAUAACACUAACUAUUACGAUGAAGUGGACGGUUUCCUUUUGCUCACGAAAUUCAUCGAGUCGAAAAAAGGAAUUAAAUGCACGGACACUGUCGAAAUACUUGUUCCAAACCAAGAUGGAUUAUCGAAAGAGGUUCUGAAGAAGGAAAAAGACAAGGCACGGAAAAAAGGUGGAAAGGAAGUCAAAAAAGACACUAAAAAAGGCUACGUGGACGAAGAAAAAAAAGAAAAACGCCAAAAAGCGGGUGUAAACCUAGAACUGAGCGUGAAAACGCAGGAGAAAAACAUAAAAAGAAAUGAAAAGAUUCCGGAAAUCGCCAAACAUUUGGAUAACACGGUUGCCAAGUGGAUGAACACCAAGCCCAAGACUGAAGAAGAGAAAAAAAUAGCCGAUGCCUGUCAGUUGAUGGUUUUUCGAUUAGGGCCAACAUUUAUUGCGAUUCAUUCGAUUUCGUGAGAGCGCGUUUAUGCGGGAAAAUUCACUUCUUAUGUAUAAACGCUUUUGUCCGCCAAAAAAAUUAUUUCUAGCCUGCGUGAGAAAAAUCCUGAAAAGAAAACUUACUGUCCCUAAAUAGGGCCAGGCCAAAGUUUCUUUUUUCCAGAUGCUAAAAAAUUUCAUCAGAAUCAUCAUAUACAAAUAAGGUUUUUCUGCACAAACGCGCUCUUUCGAGAUCGUCGAAACCCGAUAAGUAGCUGCUCGGAGCUUGGUAAAGCGAGCCGGUCGCGGACAGGUCGUGUCGGGGGAAUUCUAGGGCCUACUAAAAUAGUUAUCAGAGAAAUUCCCCGACACUUUCGAUUUGCGCUCAGUUCGAGUUAAGCAGGACCGAAUGUAUCAUCACGCUUCCUAAUACUUUGUCUAGUGAACUACUUGUCUAAUGUGCAAUUUUCAGGGCUCUCGUUGGGCGUUAUCGACCGUUUGCUGACUGAAUUUGCGGACAAUAGCAUGAAAAUUGCCAAGAGUACGUAAUAGGCUUUUUUUAAGAAGAAAAGAAGUCGUAUAUAUUUCAUUUCCUGAAGCUUACUUACUCUUUUAAUAAUCAGAUUCUGGGAGUUUCAGAUUAUAACGGAAUCAGGUUCCAAUUGUGCAGGAUCGUCAUGAACGUAGUCAAAGAGCGGACUUUGAUCAACAACGAACAAGCCUACGCGUCAGAGAACCGGAGAGGAACGGUCAAGGACAUUCAUGGUAAUUUGUCAUUUUUCCGUUAGUUCCCAUUAUAAUCCUUAAAGCGUAGUUGAAGUUCUAAAAAUAUAUGGUAGAUGUGAAAAAAAUAUUUCGCCUUUGCCGUUGUUAUUCACGGCGUUUUCGUUAGUGGAAGCGAGUGCAAAACCAAAAAUGAAGGGGGUUGAGCCAAAACAUCCGCAGUUCCUACGCCAUGGGAAAUAAGCGUAAUCAGAAUAUUAAAGGCGCAUAUUCAUUGCGUUAUGAGACGAUUUUUUUUUAAUUCUCGUUCAAAAAAAAACACGAAUUUUCGGUUUACUUUUUCUUUAAAGCGCAUUCCGUGUUCAAAGUUCCGAGAAACUCAAAUUAGCCGCCCGAGAGUGAAAAACAAUACUGAACUUUGGGAAUUCAAAAAUGAUUUUGAAUUCUGCGAAAGUUAUUUUUAUCACGGUAUGCGCGAAAGAGGCGGAUCUAAAGGCUCCAAAUUCUAGAAUUUAUUCAUGUUCUCGAGCACCUGUACACUGAUGAGGAUCCGGAGGCACAGAAGCUGAAAGAUUUCCUGACGCUUUACGAAUGGAUUCGCUUUUUGGAUCUUCACUACAUGGGCCUCGACUACAAUGAGUAUAAAGGAUGUUAGUUUCAAGGGUAAAAUCCAAGCAGAUAUUAUAAAAACUUUCGGAAAUCCGGCGAAAUAUAGAAAUUUUCAUCAUGACAUCGAAUUUCCCAACAAUAAUGUUUAUUUCGCUCACAGACAGAUCUGGCGUGGAGGAAAAAAACCAAGAAAGUUAUAAUAGGAUAAAUAAGAUAAAAUGACAGCGCUAGAAAAACACUUUCAGCCCUUGUUUACGUGAGGCCGUCGCCGAUGGAUGGAGAGCCUUUCAUUGAAUCUAUGCUUCGUUUGGAAAGUGAGUGUGGGAAGAAGAACAUAUUUUUGAAAAGUGAUGAGCGUGUGAACUAUUAUUUUUUCUUAAUUCUUACAUGUUCGCGUUGAAUUAUAGCUUUGGACUGUUUCAUGAAAAAGUAUUUUAAUCAAUGAGUUUGAAAUGCUUUCAUGAAGUUGAAAACUUUCAUCUUAUGCCGUGUUCGAAGUUUAUUCCGCAAAAUUCAAAAAUUUCUCUGACUUUGUAAGUGUUAAUUACAUUUUUAAUCUCUUACGGCUAUAUUGAAUUUCGCUUAAUCGUUUUGAACGGCAGUAUUUAUUCUUCACAACUGAAACUUGAGAAGUUUUUUUUAGGAUACGAAAAAGAUUAUGACAUGAUCAAAGCUGAAGUAGAAAAGUACUGCAAGAAAAAAAAGAUCAGACUGGUGUGCAAGGCAAAUCUUCCAAAGCAGUCGAAGAUAAGAGACAACUAUGACUUCGAAAAAUACCAGUUGCACCUAAUGCACGAACCGGCAGGAAUCUGUGAAAUGAAGGUAUAACGUCUUGAAAAAUUAAAUCAAACCUUUUUUUUUCAUUUCUAGGCAGAAGACGCUGCGAAAGCUGUUAAGGCACGUGAAGACGAGAAGAUCAAAAAACAGGUGAACUUUUGAGAAACAUUGCAAAAAAAAAAACUAACUUUGUCUAUUUUUUUUUUGUUUAGCGAUGAUAAAUCGAGUACUUUGAAGACGACUUAUUGACAUUGUAGGCAUUUCGAAAAGUUUUAAACUUUGUUUUUUUUUUGUUAACACGUAGAACUUGGGAAAUUCGAAAAUUAGGGCUCAAAUAAGUAAAUGCCAAAUUUCAGGGAGUUUCUGUUCACAAAAGCCUGGCUGCCCAAAACGUCAUGUCAAAGAACGGUGCAGCUCCGAAAAGCGGUGCUCCUCCUAAAAGCUCGGCUCCAAAAAGUUCGUCGGCUGAGCCAACUCCUACUUCCAUGAAGUAG